CCUAGUGAGACUAAAGUUGCAAACAAAAUCUCCACAAAAGAGAGUCCUACAGUUAUGUCUAAAGAAAGUCCUAAAGAGCCCCCUAAAGAGAGUCCUAAAGUUACACCCAUCAUUAGUCCAGCUUCAACCCCAAAAGAGUCUCCAAAAGAGUCCCCUAAAGAGUCUCCUAAAGAGUCUCCCAAAGACUCUCCUAAAGAAUCCCCUAAAGAGUCUCCUAAAGAAUCACUGAAGGUCAUUCACAAGGAGCCCUCACAUGUUGCAUCUAAAGAAGUCAUCAAACCUGCUAAAGAACUUACCAAAGAAGCUGCAAAAACAACUCAAGAAGAGGUUACAAAAGAGACACCUAAACCAGCACCAAGAGCAGCGGGAAAAGUGCAGAAUAAAGAAAGUAAUCAUAAGAUUUCAACUAAAGAAGGUGCUAAAGUAGUGUCUCCAGAAAGUGUCAAAGUGCCCCAAACUGAGCAGAAAGCCACACCUGUUGAACCUGCUAAAGUUGAAGUUAAAGCGACCCCUAAAGUAUCUCAAAGAACUGUACCAAAAGAGGGAUCCAAAACACUUCCAAAACCAGAAAAGUUUCCUGAAUUGGAUGUCAACCACAGUUUUCAUCAAGCACAGAAUAAAUCUUCAAGUAUGUACCGCAGUCAAAGUGAAAUUCGAACAGAGAAAGUUGAAGAAGUUCCCAAAUCUUGGAGUAGCAGGCUAAGUAUUGACCUUAGUGAGAAAUCAUUUGGGUUUGGCUUUGGCUCUACUCUGCAAAGAGCUAAAUCAGCUUUGGAGGUUGUGUGGAAAACUGGCUCUCAACCCAAUCAGACUCCUCCUCCACCACCUCCACCUGAGGAGCCCUCCAGCUCGUCCUUUAUGGGCCGUUUCCGGACACUGUCUGGCUCAACUACGAGUAAUUCCAGCCCUGCACCUACUGCACCGCCUGAGGUCCAUAAAGAGCCCAUUCAACACAAAGCUGAGGAAGAGAAGAAACAAGACCUACCAGUGGAGUCUGAAGAACAGCCUGAUGGUGAAAUUCAUUAUGUGGAAGUGAUGGAGCAAGUGCUGGCUAACUUGGAGAACAGAACAAGUGUUGUUGAAACUGAGGAUGUAACAGAGCCGACACAGGAGUGUGAGACUUCUCAGGACUAUGACAUGUCUGAUGACAUUGAUGCCUCACAAGACAAUGAUGCCACUCAGGACAUUGAUAAUACUCAAGACCUAGAAGCCUCAGAGGGCUCAGAGGCCCCUAAAGAGGCUUGUGUUCUGGAAUAUGACUGCAGUUUAGACGAUCAAUACGACGAAGAGUAUAGUGAGGAAUUUGAGGCCCAUCUAACUCCGGCAACAGCUGAAUAUGAUGCUAUGGUUGAAUAUGUAGAUGUUGAAGAACCAGAUGAAACAGAGGACAACGAUGUAACUGAGGAGAUGGAAGAGGGUGUUGAGGACUUAGAGGAGGUGCCAGAGAUAGUGGAUGAGGCCAUAGAGGUGUCGACAAAUGUGGACCAACAGCAGGAAGAAGAAAACAAAAAUGUUCCAGAGGAGAAACCUUCAGAAGCACCUCCUAAAAAGCGUAUGCGACCCACAUUCAAGGAAGCUGCACUGAGAGCCUACAGAAAACAGAUGGCUGAGCUGGAGCAGCAGAUUCUGGCAGGAGACAGCAGCGCUUUGGAUUCACAGCCUCGCAGCAUUCUGGAUCCCAAACUGCUUGGCUUGCAGUCUGUAGGGGCUGGCAGUAUUCUUUAUGGUAUUGACAGCAUGCCAGAUUUACGUCGAAAGAGGACAGUGCCUCUUGUCCGAGACCUGACCCUCGCUGCACGAAAGGCAGGCAUCUCGUUCGCUCUAGUGAACCGCUCCACCCUGAAUAAUGAAGAUCUGAAACUCCAUGUUUUCAAGAAAACACUCCAAGCACUAAUUUACCCCAUUUCCUCUACAACGCCUCACAACUUUGAGGUCUGGACAGCCACAGCUCCCACUUACUGUCAUGAGUGUGAGGGGUUGCUCUGGGGCAUUGCACGCCAAGGGAUGCGCUGCUCUGAAUGUGGUGUCAAGUGCCACGAGAAGUGCCAGGACUUACUCAAUGCGGACUGUUUACAAAGGGCAGUGGAGAAGAGUUCUAAACAUGGAGCAGAGGACAAGACUCAGAAUAUUAUCAUGGCAAUGAAGGAACGCAUGAAGAUUCGGGAAAAGAACCGUCCUGAGGUGUUUGAAGUCAUUCAGGAAAUGUUCCAGAUUUCUAAAGAGGACUUCUCCACUCAUCUGAAAACUGCCAAGCAGGCUGUGCUGGACGGCACCUCCAAGUGGUCUGCCAAGAUCAGCAUUAUAGUCAUGAGUGCCCAAGGACUUCAGGCCAAGGAUAAAACUGGUUCAAGUGACCCUUAUGUAACAGUCCAAGUGGGUAAGACCAAGCGCCGGACCAAGACUAUUUUUGGAAACCUCAAUCCUGUCUGGGAUGAAAAGUUUUACUUUGAAUGCCACAACGCCACAGACCGCAUCAAGGUGCGAGUUUGGGAUGAGGAUGAUGACAUCAAGUCACGGGUCAAGCAGCAUUUCAAGAGGGAGUCGGAUGAUUUCUUAGGCCAAACCAUCAUCGAGGUCCGCACUUUGAGUGGAGAGAUGGACGUUUGGUAUAAUUUGGAUAAAAGAACAGACAAGUCUGCUGUUUCUGGGGCCAUCCGCCUGAAGAUCAGUGUUGAAAUGAAGGGAGAGGAGAACGUGGCUCCACCUCACGGACAGUACACCUGUCUACAUGAGAACCUGUUCCACUACCUGACGGAGGUGAAGAACGGCGGCGUGGUCAAGAUCCCGCAGGUGAAAGGGGACGAGGCGUGGAAGGUCUACUUUGACGACGUGUCCCAGGAGAUAGUGGAUGAGUUCGCCAUGAGAUACGGAGUGGAGUCCAUCUAUCAGGCUAUGACGCAUUUUUCCUGUCUUUCUGCCAAAUACAUGUGUCCCGGUGUGCCAGCCGUGAUGAGCAACCUGCUUGCAAAUAUAAACGCCUACUUCGCCCACACCACCACCACAACCACGGCAUCUGCUUCAGACAGAUUUGCAGCCUCUAACUUCGGGAGAGAGAAGUUUGUCAAAUUGCUGGACCAGCUACAUAACUCUCUGCGGAUCGACCUGUCCAAAUAUCGGGACAACUUCCCAGCAGGAAACCCAGAGCGACUCCAAGAUCUCAAGUCCACUGUUGAUCUUCUAACUAGCAUCACAUUUUUCAGGAUGAAGGUACAAGAGCUGCAGAGUCCACCAAGAGCGAGCAUGGUUGUGAAGGACUGUGUUAAAGCUUGCCUGGAUUCAACAUACAAAUAUAUUUUUGAUAACUGUCACGAACUGUACAACCAGCUGCUGGACCAGAGCCGGAAGCAGGAUAUUCCCCGUGAGGAGCAAGGACCAUCAAUCAAGAACCUAGACUUCUGGCCCAAACUGAUCACCCUCAUGGUGUCUGUGAUCGAUGAGGACCGUACUGCAUACACCCCCGUCAUUAACCAGUUUCCACAGGAGCUGAACGUGGGCAAGAUCAGCUCUGAAAUCACAUGGAACCUCUUUGCCUUGGACAUGAAGUAUGCUAUGGAAGAGCACGACAAGCACCGCCUAUGCAAAAGUACUGAAUACAUGAAUCUCCACUUCAAAGUCAAAUGGUUCUAUAAUGAGUAUGUCCGUGACCUGCCGGCCUUUAAAGGUGUCCCACCCGAAUAUUCUCUCUGGUUCGAGCCAUUUGUAAUUCAGUGGUUGGAUGAGAAUGAGGAUGUUGCCAUGGAUUUCCUAAACGGUGCACUGGAAAGGGACAAGAAAGAUGGGUUCCAGCAGACGUCAGACCACGCCCUGUUUUCCUGUUCAGUGGUGGAUGUAUUCACUCAACUCAACCAGAGCUUUGAGAUUAUCAAGAAGCUGGAGUGUCCAAACCCACAGGCUCUGGCUCAUUUCAUGUGCCGCUUUGCGAAGACUAUCAACAAAGUUCUUCUGCAGUAUGCUGCAAUCAUAUCCAAGGACUUUCAUUUGUAUUUAGCUAAAGAGAAUGUGCCGUGCAUUCUUCUCAACAACAUUCAACAAUUGCGAGUCCAACUGGAGAAGAUGUUUGAGUCAAUGGGUGGCAAACAGGAAGAGGGGGUUGUGUCCUUCUGUAAGCUGGAUGCAGAGGCCAGUGAUCUGCUGAAAGAACUGCAAAAUAAACUCAACACAGUGCUGGAUGAGCUCAGCGGAGUGUUCGGAUCAAGUUUCAAACCUGUAAUAGAAGACUGUGUAAAGCAAAUGAACACAGAGCUGGUGCAGAUGAAAGGUCCAAUCAAAGGCAGUAACCCCGCGAUGGAUGCUGAGACUGUUCUACGACCGCUCAUGGACCUCCUGGAUAAAAACUUGAUGUUAUUUGCCAAGAUCUGUGAGAAGACUGUUUUGAAGCGGGUCCUAAAAGAGCUUUGGAAGAUAGUGUUGAAUACUAUAGAGAGAACCAUCGUUUUGCCACCGCUGAGUGACCAAAGUCAAGGAGCUCAGAUGAUCUUCAGUGCUGCCAAGGAUCUAGGACAACUUUCCAAAUUGAAGGAGCAUGCUUUUCGAGAGGAAGCCCGGAGUUUAACUCCACGACAAUGUGCAGCCAUGGACUUGGUGCUUCCCACCAUCAAGCAAUAUUUCCAUGCUGGUGGAAAUGGACUGAAGAAAACCUUCUUGGAAAAGAGUCCUGAUAUGAAGUCGCUCAAAUACGCUCUCAGCCUUUACACUCAACCUACAGAUGCCUUGAUCAAGAAAUAUAUAUGCACGCAAACCUCUCAAGGUCAGUCAUCCAAUGGAUCAGUGGGGGAGGUGUCAAUGCAAGUGAAUCUCAUCUCUCAUCCUGGCACCGGGGAGCACAAAGUCAGCGUCAAGGUGGUGGGGGUGAACAACCUCAUAUGGCAGACCAACGCCAUGUUCCGACCGUUUGUGGAAGUGAACGCCGUUGGACCACACCUGGCUGACAAGAAACGCAAAUUCAGCACCAAGACCAAGAACAACAAUUGGUCACCAAAGUACAACGAAACAUUCCAGUAUGUCCUGAGUAAUGAACACGGUCCGGAGUACUACGAGCUGCAUGUCUCAGUGAAGGACUACUGUUUUGCACGGGAGGAUCGCAUCAUAGGCAUGACUGUCAUUCCACUGCGAGAGCUGGCUGACUCAGGCAGCUGCUCAGCCUGCUACCCUCUGGUCAAGAGCAUCUGUAUGGACGAAACUGGCCUCACAAUCAUGAGGAUACUCUCCCAAAGGACCAACGACGAAGUGGCUAAAGAGUUUGUGCGCUUAAAGACGGACACGCGCUCAGCGGAGGAGGUGUCAUAACUGUGCUAAAUGCAGUAUUAGGAUUUGAAGAGUUGUCAUGUCUUAAGCUAGUAAGUACACAGGUAUGAAGCAGUAGCAACAGAUGUUCAGUCAGGAAAGGGCUGGAAUCAGCAGGUGGAGGAGAUUUCCAAAGAAUCAGAGAGUGGAGUCACAGGCAGCGAGCGGGCGUGCGCGAGAGAGAGAGAGUUGUGUUUGUUUGUUUGUUUUGUGCAUGUGCGUAACAUCUGUUGGAAUGUUCAUUUUAAACUACAGUAUGUACAAGUGUUUACUUACCGUAUGCUUACUAUUAAGUACUAUAUUCUACAAAUUAUGUUACUGAGACAUGAAAAACCUUUUGUACAACAUUUAGUCUUUUUGAACUGAGAUUCGUUCCAAUGAAGUGCCAAACCAGUGAAAAAAGAACAAACCAACAUAUAUGAAAUAUGGUGAACAUAGUAUGUUUGAAAAUUUGCUCGAUUCUUUUGUCCGGUGUAAGUCAGUUUCUGGCUGUGUGGCGUUCUGAUUGUUGCAGAGUUUUUCGUUUUUGACCUUGUUUGGCUUCACGUUCUUCCACACAGCACUGUUGUGCAUGUCUUUUCUGGGCCAUGUCUCUCCCAUGAUUCCACAGUGACCAUCGAGCAGGGUCCUACCCCUUGCCUUCAAACUCUUUGUAUUUUAAGUCGUCCUAAAAGAUGUUUUUUUAAAUGGCGAUGACUGCUAUGUAAACCUUCAUAGGUGUUUGUAAUUUUAUAAUCAUGACAACAAUGACGACAGCCUCCAGUGCUAAAGUUCUGAUCGGAUGGAGAGGGUUCUUUUUCUUUGGAUUCACACUCAUUGGUUUUGCCAUCAGCUUCCAGCCUUUCUGAAUGACCACUGUGAACAUGAGCUUUGGAAGGCAAGCUUACAAGACAUUGGUAACAGUAUAUUUUUCUUUGGAUUUAUAUGAUAACUUUGUUUCUGAUAAACUGCCAAAGUUAUAUAAAAUAUUUGUACAAAGCAAUCCAUUUCAUGUAUGGAGUUCUAUAUGUACAUGUUAUUUAUUUCAUUUACAAAGCUUAAUAUUUGAUUGUUGAUAGAGCAGUAAUAAGACUUUAUUUUUUUGCUGUAAAACAGAUCAAAGUUGCACAUGUUACUUUAUCACACAGUUCUAUCUGCUUUGAUCAUUGAUUUAAAUUAUUUUUCUUCAUAAAGGAAA